ACAUGGCUUGAUAUACAAUGCUCUGAAACUCUUCAUGGAGAUGAACCAAAAACUGUUCGAUGACUGCACACAACAAUUUAAAGCAGAAAAACUGAAAGAGAAGCUAAAAUUGAAGGAACGAGAAGAAGCAUGGGUUAAAAUAGAAAAUCUAGCCAAAUCAAAUCCCCAGUACCCAGUAUAUAGUGACACGAGUUUGCUGAACAGUCCUGUUGCAAUGGAAACAGAUGGGCCUUUAAUUGAAGAUUUGCAGAUGCUGAAAAAGACAGUGAAAGAAGAGGCUUGUCAGGCACAGAAAGAUCAGAAAAAAGAUCGUCCUCUUGUGCGACGCAAGUCAGAACUGCCUCAGGAUAUCUAUACCAUGAAAGCCUUGGAAUCACAUUGCAGAGCUGAUGAAUUAAUAUCACAUGAUGGGCAUUAAACUAUUACAGUGAAAUAUUAUUUUGGAGGAAAAGGUUUUUUUCUGGACUCAGUUCUACAGUAGAACUUACUUUUUUGUGCCAUACCAAUCAGUUACACACAACUCUUUUCAACCCAGUUCUGUAGGCAAUAACUUAAUAGAGUAUGCAGCUCAAGAUUAGUAGUUCAAACAAUGGUAAAUUACCCAAUUCCAUAUGCAGAAUAUUGGGUUGACUAUAAUCAAGUGGACACGAUUUCCUAGAGGUGUUAUCAUAGUACCAGCUAGCUGAUAAACAUGUAGUUUUUAUAGUCAUAUUUGAGAAGAGCAUUCUAUAAACUCUUUCUAAGUGAAUGACCAAUAGUUGGUACUAAUGAUAAAUGUGUGUUUUCAAAAAUAAAAUUAUUUCAAAUUUAAGUAUUAACUUUUUCUAGGAUUUCUCAACUUUACAGUUUUUUCCACAUUAUUGCUGUCUUGUAAUAUGCCAGCAGUUUUAAAAAUACGCAGUUAUUCUUUCGUAUUAUAAAACAUGGCUUACAAACUGGUAACUUUCAUGACAAUCCUCAAUUAUCAUUCCUUUCUAAGAAUUCUGUAAAUUUAUUUCUCCUUUACUUAGGAUAAAGAUAUAUAUCUAUAUAUACCAUGUCCUAAUACUUUAUGUAUAUUUAAAGCCAUAUUUUCCAGUCUUUAGUGUAUAAUACAGCACCAGUAUUCCAGAUAUGAACUGAUAGAAGAAUUUUUCCUAAAAUGAAAAUUUCUUUACUAUGACUGGGAAUAGACUGAAUAUAAAAUUUCAUUUUAAGUUUUUUCAAGUCAAUAAAAUACUCUUUCACUGUUUUCUCCCUUAUCUGAGCUUUUAAUACUCAGCAUUUUUCUUGGGCUCUAGGAGUUCAAUAUUCUGUGACAGAUACUAUGCGUGACUUCAGUUGCAUCCAUUUUUAUCUAAAAGAUGAACAUAACCUUUCAGGAAACACAACAUCAGAAGCUUAUUAAAAUAAGAAAAAGAACAGACCCUUGAAUUCCAUUCUGCUUCUUUUUAAAUGAGUCUAAGAGCUGAGGAGAUAGUGACCGCAUUUUUACCGUGAAAAUAUCUUUUGUUGUUGUUGUAAAGAGCACAUGUGCUGCAAAUACACCUCACAAGUGAACUGAAAAUGCAUCUGAGUUGCUGAUGAUCUUCAAAUGCUGCUAUAUAUUCCACAAGAUUACUUGCAUGUAAUGAGCUUUUUGUUGUAGAUGGAAAAGCACGGGAGGAAAAUCUCUUUAAAAAUAUAGUGCUUUGUCUUCAAUAUUUGAUUUCUCUCAGGGUGGCCAGUAUUUUGACUUACUUAUCCUGCUUACAAGCUGUUUGAAAUGUGUUCUGCAAUCCUAAAUGGGCGAUUAGUUUCUUUUGUCUCGACAGUAACAUGAUAUAACUUAAUGUUUAAUGUCUUGAUGCAUAAAGAGAUAAAAAUGUGGCUUCUUUAAAAAUAGUUUUGUUUUACUUUUUAAGGAAGUAUAAUGUCUCCUGCAUCCCUUAAAAAAAAAAAAAAAACGCGCAAAGCAGACAUUCAUAGUAACCUUGUGCAGAAGUAGUGCCUGCUGUUUGUUGGUUGCAUUUAACAUUCAAUUUCCAAUAUUUGUUACGUUGUCUAUUGGAAGAAAAUAGUGGGUGGUAAAUAUUGGCUUACAACAACUAAAUUUAAAGACCAACCCAACCUUUAAGUGGAAUGUCCACUGUGUCUGAAAACAUUUCCUGUAAAACUUGAAAAAGAAUAUGCUUUACCAUUAGGAUAAACUAUAUUAAAACAGUUUAAAGAUGCCUUCUCCUUUUGAGGGAAAAAGGGUGCUUUUUUAAUUGUGUAAAGCAACGUCUAUGUAUUUUGAUAUACCAUUGUUUGAACUUCCAUCUUUAGCUGGUAGAUUAUCAGUUACCUUUGAUUUUGGGUGUUCAGUAUGUUUGUGCAAGAGGUUGUUGAAAGGAAUUAUUCUUAUGUUAUCCGAGCGGAAAAAAAAACAAACUGUAUAUCAAUGUUUGAUUGAUUGUGUGAUGCUCAAAGUAUAAGAACAUCUUUCACUGUCUAGAUUUUAUUUCUGUUCUUUAUUGAAGAUAAACACUCACCAAAAAGGGAAAUAUUACGGUAUUUUUAAAGGCUUAAAGUUCACCAUAAAUUCAUACUUGAAGUUUUGGGCCACUGAACAUUUACUUAGGCAAUAUUCCAAAAUCUAUCACCACUAAUGGUUUAGCAUGUUUAUUAUACUUCUUACAAUCCUGUACUAAACAAUUCAAAAACUAAUACAUCCAAAAUAAAAAGAAAAAUUAAAGUAGAAUUUUGGUGACUGUUGUUCUUCAUAAAGUUCUGUCUGACACCUUCCCCCAUUUUCCAAAAUUACACCUGUACAUCAGGAAUGUCAAAAGUAAUAUUACAAGUGUCUUUUUAGUGUGGCUUUAGUAUGGCUUCAUUUUAAUAUUGUACAUACAUUGUACCUUGUUUUAUGGUAAUAAGUAAUAAAAAUGUAGACUUCAUAUUUUGUACAGAAUCGUCCUAUGUACAGAAUAAAAAGUUCCUAGAAACAGCAAA